UUUUACUUUUUAGUUGUCAUUUUGAAUUGUGGGAGUAUGGUACUGCUUGUGAAUAAAAAAACAAAUUACGCUAUAAAACUGAAACAAUACCGCGUAUUAUCAGGGAAUUACCUGAAAGACGCUUUGCAAAACAAUAUUUUAAAAUUUUAGGGCAAGAGAGGAUGUCUUUAAUUUAUAUUGUUUUCAAAUAACAAAACAUUAUUUCACAUCGUUCGUCAUGGCUCGCUUCCUGUCGGAGGAUAAAUUAAAGGGUUUCGAGAAAUACAAAUACAACUCGGUGGACACCAGCGUACUCAGUAACUAUGUUAUGCACCCGUUUUGGAACUGGUGUGUUCAGUUUUGUCCAGUGUGGGUGGCUCCAAACCUGCUGACCUUCACAGGUUUUCUUCUCACUGUGCUGAACUUCUUCGUAUUCUCGUAUUAUGACUAUGGAUUCCAUGCCAUGACUGCGGAAAAUGUGUCCAAUGACUACAUACCGUCGUAUGUGUGGGCUGUUUCUGGUGUCAACUUGUUUGUGGCGUACACAUUAGGUGAGUUUAACCCGUUUGACAUCAUCAUCGAAAUCGACAUGACUAUCAUAGAUGAAGUGAGCACGUUAAGGUUCCUGUUUCUGAUUUGGAACAUAUUCUUCAACUUCUACCUGACGCACUGGGAGAAAUACAACACUGGCGUUAUGUUCCUGCCUUGGGGGUACGACUUCACCAUGAUUGGCUCUUGCAUUCUCCUGCUGGUGACGUCAGUGUUCGGGCCGAAGGCGUGGCACGUGACGCUGCCGGGCGGCAUCACGCCCGGCGUCAUCUUCGAGUUCGUUCUCUACUUCUCCGCCAUGCUCACCAGCCAGACUGUCAUUCUGUGGAAUAUUUACAAGUCAUAUCGCGACGGCACGGGUAAAAUGCGUCCUUUCAGCGAAGCGGUGAGGCCGCUAGUGCCGCUCAUCAUAUUCUUCGUGCUCAGCUCGGUGUGGGCCAUAUACUCGCCUACAGACAUCAUCAACAGAGCGCCCAGGAUCUUCUAUAUACUGACCGGAACUAUAUUCUCUAAUAUUAAUUGUCGCCUCAUAGUGUCCCAGAUGAGCGACACCCGCUGCGAGGUGUUCAACUGGCUGCUGGUCCCGUACGCGGGCGUGGUGCUGCUGGUGCUGGGCGCGGCGCCGGGCGCGGCCGCCGAGCUGCUGCUGCUGGCCGCGCUCGCGCUGCUCUGCUCGCUCGCGCACAUCUACUACGGGACCAAGGUGGUGCAGGAAAUGUGUCAACAUUUCAAUAUAGAAUGUUUCCAUAUCAAACCAAAGAUUAAGUAAUUUAUUUUAUAUGAUUCAGACAAGACGUUGUGGAAGAAUUACAGAAAUUUAAAAUAAGUAAUACUCGUGGUAUGUGGUUGUAUUAAGUAAAGGAAAAGGUAUGCAUACCAUGCUGGUAAUGGGAAGUGUACACAAGUAUGAAGUUCGCCAAUAAUUGGCAAUGCCCUUGCUAAUUUACUAUCACUUAAGAAUUAUUUUAUUUAUUAGUUGAUUACCUGAAACGGUGAAUAUAUUUUUGUUUAUUGAAACAUCAACUUUAAUGGCUGUAAAUUUCUUGCCUUAUAUAGGUAUGCAGUUUUAAUUUAAUUUGUUUUCGCACAUACCUCUAUUGUAAGUAUAUUCCUUAUUAAGAUAUUUUGUCGUGUACCUUUAUCAAUGAGAUAGUCGCGUAUUCUAAGAGACCGCAUUCGUUGUAUAUUACGCCCUAAAUAAGUAUGAUGUUUAAAUCAAAUCAGGGCAAUUCUCAGUGAGCAUUUAUCUUACAAGUAGUAAUAAAUAUUAUAAUAUCUCUUUUCUGUAUACUGAGGUUCAACAACAUAAAAUCAUCUGACAAUGUAUUAAUGGCAAUGGAUUUAAUGUUCUAUUUUUCCAUACUUGUAAAUAUAAUUUUAGUCCAGGGUAAAUAUUCGUAUUUGUUACUGUGUCGGUAAUCUAAUUAUAUCGGGUGGGCAUUUAUUAAACAUAUUUAUAAGAGCUAUAGUCCUCAUAAAGUAAGUCUAAAUCAAAACGUUACUAGUAACGCUAGUCAUGUUUAUUAGUUAUAAAUUGUUACUCAUGCCAUAUAAUAUGUCAUACAAUAGAUUGUAAUUUCAUGCCAAAUGUUUCCAUUUAGGUUUAAAUUUAGUCAAUUUUAUCAAUUAUAGAUACUUUCUGUGAAGUAGUAGGUGUCUAGUAUGAAUGUAUUUUUAUAUACUGAUAUUCUAGACUUGUAAACUCGAUGUUAUAGCAUGUAAUGUUAUAUUUAUUAAGUAGGUACACUUGAUUAUGAUCUGAUAUCUAAAUCUCAGGUUGAUAUGCGCGUUCCUUUUUAUAUUUAAUUAAUUUUAUUUCUGGGACAAGGUAUGAGCAUAUUCCAAUGUUUUGUGAUGGCGUUAAGCAUGAUGAUUUUCAUCAAAGUUACUUCUAGAAAAUUAUUAAUACCACUCACAAACUAGGUACUUGGGUACAAUAAGUCUAAACAGUUUUAAGGGUACUAUUGACAUAUUUAUUAUGAAACUCAGCAGUAUGUUUAAGCAGUAAAUACUUUCAGAAAAGGAGAGCAGUUUUAUUAUUUUGUAAGUACUGAUUGGUGACACUUAAAUCUUACUAUAGUAGAAUAAUCAUUGUAAGAGCAACAUACAAUAAAAAUAUAAAAUGCUGUUAUUUCAAGAUAAACACCUAAUGACUAUAGAUAUUUUAUCUUGGUCAUUAUAAUACUGUCAGCCAUUCCCCAGUAGAAACACAUACAAGAUUAAAUGUUUUGAUAUUCAACCUCACCAUACUUAUUGUUCAUGACAAUUAUCUAUUUAUGUUAAUAACUUGUUGCUGAACAAACCUGAAAAUUAUGGAAUAUUUCCCAUUCUGUAUUUGUUUAGCUCUAAUAUAUGUUCAAUAUUCGAAGUGAAGGUUGCUCAAUCUUGUACCUGUUUUAUUUUAAUAAUAAUAAUUACCACCUGAAGGUUUAAAACCAAAAGGUAUGAACUGUAAAGUAACUCUGCCUCAUCUACAUUUCAAGUCUUUGUAUUGUUAAUAGAGGACUUUUAUUCAAA